AUGCGGACUCCGAGCCCAGGCCGAACCCCGCCCCCGCAGCUCGGGGGUGGUCGAGCGUCACCGGAGGCUGGGAGGGGCGGCCCAGGGGUACCCCCUGGGUCCCCUCAGCCUCUGCAGGUCUGGGACUCUCUCCACAGACACAGUAAUUAUUACGAACUGCUGGGGGUGCAUCCUGACGCCAGCACUGAAGAAGUUAAACGAGCCUUCUUCACCAAGUCCAAAGAGCUGCACCCCGACCGGGACCCUGGGAACCCAGCCCUGCACAGCCGCUUUGUGGAGCUGAGUGAGGCAUACCGCGUGCUCAGCCGUGAGCAGAGCCGCCGCAGCUAUGACCGCCAGCUCCGCUCAGCCAGGCCCCCCGGGUCUCCUGGCACCACGGCACAUCCCAAGUCUGCCGGCCAAACACACAGCUCUUGGACACCCCCUAACGAAGAAUACUGGGCCCAGUUUCAUGGCACGAGGCCGCGGGGCCCCGAGUCGAGGCAGCAGCAACACAGACCCAACCAGCGUGUUCUGGGAUACUGUCUCCUGCUCAUGCUGGCGGGCAUGGGCCUGCAUUACGUCGCCUUCAGAAAGCUGGAGCAGAUGCACCGCAGGUUCAUGGACGAAAAGGACCGCAUCAUCACCGCCAUCUACAACGACACGCGGGCGCGGGCCAGGUCUGUCCCGCGCAAACUCAUCCUGCCCCUUUCACAGAGGAGGACACUGAGGCGGUGGGCUUCCCGGGUCCUAGUGGUGUCCUGGCUAGACGUGUACGCUCGCGCCGCCUGCCAGCCUCGGGAGGUGGUGGUGCCCCUGGCCGUGGAGCUCGUGGGCACCGUGGCCAAGCAGCUGGUGCCCAGCUGCGUGACCGUGCGGCGCUGCGGGGGCUGCUGUCCUGACGACGGCCUGGAGUGUGUGCCCACCGGGCAGCACCAAGUCCGGAUGCAGAUCCUCAUGAUACGGUACCCAAGCAGCCAGCUGGGGGAGGUGUCCCUGGAAGAACACAGCCAAUGUGAAUGCAGACCAAAAAAAAGGGAGAGUGCCGUGAAGCCGGACAGCCCCAGGGCUCUCUGCCCGCGCUGCACCCAGCGCCGCCAGCGCCCCGACCCCCGGACCUGCCGCUGCCGCCGCCGCAGCUUCCUCCGCUGCCAAGGGCGGGGCUUAGAGCUCAACCCAGACACCUGCAGGUGCCGAAAGCUGCGAAGGUGACACGUUGCUUUUCAGACUCAGUGGGGCCACCAGCCUCACGGGCCACUCCCGACGGGGGAAGACAGGGGAAUCUGGUGAGAACAGCCCAGCCCCUGAGACCUCCACCCAGGCAGAAGCUGCUCCGGAACCCGGGCCUCUCUCAGGGCUCUCCUGCCCCCCCCGCCUCCCCGAGGCUGCCAUCUCAGGGGCAGACAGGGCUGGAGGAGGCAACAUGGGGGAGCACAAGGGGUCAUGUGCCGGCUGGGAGGAGGGAACGCCGUUCAGCUUCAGCCGCCGCCCAAGGGAGUGACUUACAGCAGGCACCUCCUUCUCCCCACCGAGGAGAGAAUGGGAUUUGGACUUUGGUACGAGAACUGUGACCCCCCCAACCCUGAUAAAAAGAAAUGGAAGGAGC